UAGCUGGGAAACAUAAUCAUUUGCCGUGGAGUGAUCUGACGGAGGGAGAGGGAGUGUAUGUAUGUGUGUAUGUGUGUGCGCGCGCGCGAGUGAGUGUGUGUGUUUGCUGUAGCUGGACUGUCGCUGCACUCAACAGCACGCUUGCGAAUUUUUGCAUGACAGGAGCGGAUGAGGAUCCUGUCGCCGGUCAUCGACCGCUGCCCGUCUUUCGUCUCUCUGCGCGUGCUCCUAAUUAAUCAGCGGCAUGUGGAAUUGCGCGAGGAUAACACACUGGCUUUGCGUAGCGUGCCUGCUGUUAACGACGUGGACCAAGGUGUCCUGGGCUUCGGGCUAUUUCGAGCUGCAGCUGAUGAGCGUGGAGAAUGUAAACGGGGAGCUGUCGGACGGGGAUUGCUGCGACGGCGCGCGCAACUCGCUGGACCUGCGGUGCACGCGCGACGAGUGCGACACGUACUUUAAAGUGUGCUUAAAGGAGUAUCAAAGCGAGGUGACCACCUCUGGCGUGUGCAACUUCGGCAGCGGAUCUACCGGCGUGCUGGGUGGAAAUAUAUUCUCUUUUAAAAACGCUAAGGGCAACAGUAACAAGAUCAGCGACGCCGGGAAGAUCGUCAUCCCUUUCCAGUUUGCAUGGCCGCGAUCCUACACUCUCAUCGUGGAGGCCUGGGAUUGGGACAAUACCACUCAAAGCAGUGAGGAGCUGCUGAUUGAGCGACAUGCUCACACAGGCAUGACAAACCCUGGGGACCCAUGGCAGGUCAUUGUCCAUCCUGGCACCGUAGCCCGCCUGGAGUACCGCGUCCGCAUCAAGUGCGACGAGAACUACUACAGCGCCAAGUGUAACAAGCAGUGCCGGCCCCGUGACGACUACUUUGGGCAUUACCGCUGCGAUCCUUCUGGAAACAUUGUCUGUCUGGAGGGAUGGAUGGGACAAGACUGUCGAACUGCAAUCUGUAAGCAGGGCUGUAAUCUGAUUCACGGAGGCUGCUCAGUGCCUGGGGAAUGCACGUGUAACUAUGGCUGGCAGGGUCAGUUCUGCGACGAGUGUCUGCCCUACCCAGGCUGCGUCCAUGGAACCUGUGAUGUCCCGUGGCAUUGUAACUGCGAGAAGAACUGGGGUGGACUGCUGUGUGAUAAAGAUCUGAACUACUGUGGGACGCACCAUCCCUGCGUGAACGGAGGCACCUGCAUAAACUCGGAGCCGAACGAGUAUAACUGCGCCUGUCCUGAGGGAUACUCUGGCAAGAACUGUGAGAUAGCUGAGCAUGCCUGCGUUUCCAACCCAUGUGCCAAUGGUGGCACCUGCCAUGAGGUUUCGUCUGGCUUUGAGUGUCAGUGUCCUCCAGGCUGGGAGGGUCCCACCUGUGCUAAAGACAUGGACGAGUGUGCCUCCAGUCCCUGUGCUCAGGGGGGAACGUGUAUCGACCUGGAUAACGGCUUCGAGUGUCUGUGUCCUCCGCAGUGGGCUGGGAAGACCUGCAGGAUUGACGUGAAUGAGUGUAUGGGGAAGCCUUGCAAAAAUGCUUACACUUGCAAAAAUUUGAUUGGUGGAUAUCACUGUGACUGCUUUCAAGGAUGGGCUGGACAGAACUGUGACAUCAAUGUAAAUGGCUGCCGUGGACAAUGCCAGAAUGGCGCGACCUGCAAGGAAGGGGCACUGGGAGGAUACCACUGCCAGUGUCCACCUGGCUUUGUAGGCACCCACUGUGAGAUCGAAAGGAACAAAUGUGCCAGCAGCCCCUGUCAGAAUGGUGGUCGCUGUCACGUGGUGCUGGAUAGCUUCGUUUGUGAAUGCAUGCCUGACUAUGCUGGGAUGCUGUGUGAGGUGCAAAGCCGUUGGAACUCGAACCUCUGUGAGCCCAACCCGUGUAAGAAUGAAGCAACCUGCCACAGCAUGCUGGGAGAUUUUUACUGCGCAUGCACUGAGGACUAUGAGGGGAAGACCUGUGCGGAUCGCAAGGACCACUGCAGGACCGCCCCCUGCCAAGUGAUUGACAGCUGUACAAUCACUGUGGCGAGCAACACCUCGGUCGGAGGCGUGAGACGCAUCUCGUCCAAUGUAUGUGGGUCUCAUGGCCACUGCAUCAGUCAGCCCAGCGGCAACUUCACCUGCACCUGUGACCCCGGUUACACUGGCACUUAUUGUCAUGAAAAUGUGAAUGACUGUGUGAGUAGCCCAUGCCGCAAUGGCGGAACCUGCAUCGAUGGGGUCAACUCUUUCCAGUGCUUCUGUCCUGAUGGCUGGGAGGGCAAACUAUGUGACCUGAACGUGAAUGAGUGCAGCAGGAACCCAUGUAAGAACGGUGGCCACUGUCAAGACCUGGUCAAUGACUUCUAUUGCGAGUGUGCUGAUGGCUGGAAGGGUAAGACAUGCCACUCACGCGAGAGCCAGUGCGACUCCAGUACUUGUGCCAGCGGGGGUACCUGCUAUGACCAUGGAGACACCUUCCGCUGUGCUUGUCUGCCUGGCUGGGGUGGGCGCACCUGCAACACGGCAAAGAACAGCACAUGCGCUUCCAGUCCAUGUGUUAAUGGAGGAACAUGUGUGGGAGGAGGCGACACGUUUACCUGCAUUUGUAAGGACGGCUGGGAGGGACCUUCCUGUUCACAGAACACCAAUGACUGCAACCCUCACCCUUGCUAUAAUGGAGGAAUCUGCGUGGAUGGCGUAAACUGGUUCCGCUGUGAGUGCGCCCCAGGCUUCGCCGGGCCUGACUGCCGCAUCAACAUUGACGAAUGCCAGUCAUCGCCCUGUGCGUACGGAGCUACGUGUGUGGAUGAGAUCAACGGCUUCCACUGCAUAUGUCCACUCGGGCGCUCUGGACCUCGAUGCCAAGAGUUCAUAGGCAUUGGGAAGACGUGUCAUUAUACUGGACUGCAGUUCCCUCAUGGUAGCCGCUGGGAGGAAGACUGCAACACCUGCCAGUGUAUUAAUGGCAAAGUAGAGUGCACAAAGGUGCUGUGUGGCAGGCGGCCGUGCCUACUUCCAGGAGCCCCUGGGAGAGAGAAUCACGUCUGUCCAGCAGGUCGCGAGUGCCUAGAGCACAGCUUCCUCACCUGCCUCUCUCCCCCAUGCCACCACUGGGGCUUCUGCUCAAGUCCUGACACCCCACCAGCUCUUCACACCAAGUGUGAACCCAAUACAGACUACCUGGGCAACAGCUGUGCCCGAAUUACACUCAUCUUCAACCGGGACAAGCUACCAACAGGUACAACAGUGGAGAAUGUGUGCUCGGAACUGAGGUACCUGCCUGCUACACGGAACCUCGCCAAAGACGAUGCCCUAUUGGUUCUUUGUGAACUCUCCUACUCCAACCAGGAUGCAGUAGAGGUAGCCAUGUCCUUCCAGCAGGACGAGCAGCCUGACCACAGUCGGAUCCAGGAGGCGGCCAGCACCAUCGUCAGCACGCUGUCCAAGCGCCACAACAGCACCAUCAUGCUGGCUGUCAUCGAGGUCAAAGUGGAGACGCGGGUCGUGCCUCAGUCUGUGGAUUACCUAGUGCCUGUGCUGUGCGUGGUCUUCUGUGCGCUCUGGGUGUUCUGCGUGAUCGUGUGCGUGUGGUGGACGCGUAAGCGGCGAAAAGAGCGUGAGAGGCGCGAGCGUGCACCUGUGGAGGAGAGCGUCAACAACCAGUGGGAGCCACUGCGACCAGUGACACGGCAGCAGUACAAGGACAACCGCGAUGCUGAAUACGAGCGCGUCAAGCUGAUGGGCAACACCGAGCGCGCGUGCAAAGGUGAAGAAGACCAGCUGGAGGAAGAGGAUGGGGAGGAAGAGGAACUAGAGCUGUGCGAGGAGUGGUGUGGGACAGAGGGUGGCAAGAGGCCCAUCCAAAAGUACUCGAAAGCAACAGUGCAAGUGAACAGCGAGCUGAUCUGCACCACACGCAGCAGCAAUGCGCCCCUCAAAGCUCCUCACCGGACAGCCCACAGCCACAAAGACAACCGCUGGAAAAACACAAACAGCGCCACUGGCCAAGACCCCAAAGAGCUGUAUGUAUAGACGCUAAAGCACAGACCCGGGCACAGAGACAGGCUCUUUUUCUGACGAAGAAAACAACAGACUGUUGAGUUCGAGAGAGAGACGGAGAACAUUAUUAUUAUUAUUAUUAUUAUUAUUAUUAUUAUUAUUAUUUUCCCCUCUUUUCAUUUUCACCUUCUUUUUAUUUAAUGCGCUGAGAUAUUUUGAGUCUGAGAGACUUUUUUUCCUCUUGAAACAUUUUUUUUUUUUUUUUUUCGAAUGUACAGAUGAAGUGAAUUUGUUUUACAUUAUAAGAAAAGGUGAAGAGAUGGCCACUUUUUUUUUUUUUUUUCUUCAAAAUGUACUGCUGAAAGGAGUUUGGCAGUAAAUCAAGGAAAAAAUAUAAACUGUAUAAAGACUUUUUUUCGUUGCUGUUUACAGUUGAUUCUGGUUUUGUUCUAUUGUGAGUGGCCUGUAUUUUUGGAUGGGGCUGCCAGUGGCCCUGUGGACAGAAGUAAGAACUUCUUGUAAGUUGUUUUUUUUUUUUUUCUUCUUCUUCUUCUUCUUUUUCUCAUUCAUCUCGUCACCUCUCCUUACUCCAUGCUUGCCUUACUCAGCUCACAGGUCGGCGCCUGCGAAGUGGCCUUGUUUUUUCUCGUGUCUGUUGUCUUGGCUGAACACUCCUUAAACGAUAAAGGAUUGCAGUAUUUUGAGUUGGUAGCAAGUGCCUUCUGACAAGCCCGUUGCGUCUCUCGCUGCCGAGAUCAACCCCAAUAGAUCACAAAGGGAGCUUGUCUCCUGUUUUGUACCACCGAGGUAUUUGAUCAAAGAAAGAAAGAAAUCUGUAAAUAGUUGUACAUAGUAAAGGAGUCGCUGUAUAUUUGAAUUUAGUAAAUUAAGACAAGUCACACUUUUUUAUUACUAUUAUGAUUGAAAUUAUUAUUAUUAUUAUUAUUAUUAUUAUUAUUAUUAUUUGUUAUUAUUAUGAUUUGGGUUUUUUGUUCGUUUGUUUUUUUACAAUGCCAUUCCUUUUAUUUAUGCCAGUUGACAUAGGCAGGUUUUAUACAAGUAUACAGCAUCCCACAGUCAGGACAGUAAUGUAAUCAAAGUUUAUUUCUUUUUUUUUUUUUUUUUUUUCUUUUAUGUUGUCGAUUUUUGUUUUCACAUUGAUGCGAGUCAUUCUUUACAUUUAGGUGGUAUAUUGUGGCGUGUGUUUUUUGCUUCCGUAAAAGAAAUCCUCUGUGCCCCUUUCAGCUUCUGUCCUUCCUUGCUGUCAUAGAAUUCUGGAAACCUGCAGAAAUUCCUAACAUGUGUCGAGGCUUAUGGGGUCAAAUACUCCCUUAUUAUGGGUCUGGUCUCCUACGAUGUGAAUCUGUUCUUGCUCCAUCUGCUUGCUCCUGCCUUUUUUUUUUUUUUUUUUUUUCUUUUUUUUUUUUUUUUUGUGGCUUCAUGAAGGGAACAAAUUUUUUUGUAAAGCGGUUUGUAUUUGAGGUACCAACUCUAAACAAAAAUGGAUUACCUCAGCAGUGGCUGACUUUUUUUUUUUUCUUCUUCUUUUUUUUCUUCCCCCCUUUCAUUUUCAUGUUGAAUAUGUAGGUGGCUUCUUGCUGCCACAUAUGAGAGGAUUCAAAUAAAAGAAUUGAAAUAUUAAUCUGAACAGCUGGUGAAAUAAGAAACCCAUAUAAAAAGCUGAAUGAGCAUUAUGGAAAGGACUGGGUUGGGGUUCGAAGAAGAUUGGAAAACAAACAAAAAAAAAUGUAUUGCGCGGCAAAUGUUUUGGUUCAUUUAGUUGAAUUUAUGUUUGUUCUUAGAAAUAAAUCAAACUAUUUAUUAAAGCAUUUUAUAACAAUAUGCUCAAGAAAA